AUGAAAGAGUUAUUCUAAUUGUGACGGUUGUGUUGGUAUCAACAAUCGAUCUUACACGAGGAUUAAACUGCAGUAGCGAGCCUUGCAUGUACGGGAUUUGCUUAGAGGAUGCGAACAGCACGCACAAUACGUAUUCUUGUUACUGCAUCGACGGUUACACCGGAAUUAAUUGCGAGAUUAAUUGGGACGACUGCUGGUCCAAUCCAUGUCUGAACGGAGGGACGUGCAACGACGCCGUCGCAGCGUAUAAUUGCACCUGUACCGAGGGUUUUGUAGGUACAAAUUGCGAGCAAAGAUACAGCGAAUGCUCGAACCAGCCCUGCCUAAAUAACGGGACUUGCCUGGAUUACGAUGGCAUUACUUGCCAGUGCCCCGACGGAUAUUCAGGUGAUUACUGCGAAAUCGAUGUCUCGGUGUGCAACGACACGAUAUGCAAGAACGGAGGCGAGUGCGUCGAGGGACCAGGCUUCUCUUUCCUUUGUCGUUGCACGAAAGGAUGGACAGGCCAACUAUGCGACGAGGACAUCGACGAAUGUGUCAUGUCGCCGUGCAAAAACGGCGGCCUCUGCAUCAACAUACCCUCCUCUUACACGUGCGCUUGUUUAUUCGGGUACACUGGCAAAGACUGCGACAAAGCUGUCGUGCCCUGCGAGGAGAACCCUUGCAGGAACGACGCGGUGUGCCUGUUCGAGGACGAAAGGCCAGUUUGCUACUGCGUGCCUGAUUACCACGGCUCGUUGUGCGAGCUGAAGUACGACGACUGCGAAUCGAAAUUCGCUAACUGCGAGAACGGCGGCACCUGCGUGGACGGCGUCAACAGUUUCGCCUGCGCCUGCCCUGAGUUUUACAGCGGACCGUUCUGCGACCAGCACGAUCUUCCGUCAACAUUCCCCACGACCAGGGAAACAUAUGAGACUGAUAGCGAUAGAAAGACCACUGCCAGUAUCACUUUCCCAUCUAGAUCGUCGACGCUGCCGGAAACCGAAUCGCCUUUACCAGCUGCGUCAACGGAGUCCUCGACGUCGUUCGAGGACAUCAGCCGUCCUUACACGCAAUGGUACCCUUUCACCGAAACGCUGUCGACCACCAGCAAGACCAGCUUCUUCGGUAGCACCGGCAGCAGCAGUAGCAGCAGCAGUAGCACUGACAGCAGCACUUUCCUCACCGAAGUGUCGUCCAUUUACUCCAUCGCGACCAAGGAAAUGCCUCAAACCGAAACAGCGCCGUUAGAGCCUCGAACAUUCCCCGACGUCUCGAGCGAAAUCUCUGUGACCUCAACACUGAGGAUUGAGACCGACUAUGCGACCGAGAAGUCAUCGCGCAAUGAAAGUACAACCACCGAAACCAGUUAUCCAGGGACCAGGACAUCCGUCGCUAUCAGCGAGACAACUCCUGAGACGAGUAGCACGAGAUACGCGACGACGACAGACCAGUAUCCUAUAGUGACGAGACCUACCGAGAGGACCACCGAAGAACCCACGACCACCGGAAGCGAGAGGAACACUUUAUUCUCUACAAUCACGUCGGGUUUGAGUUUCACGGAAUUUUGGCAGAACAGAAGCUCGGAAUCGAGUUCGUUGACCACAGAAGUGCCAAAAUCGACAGUUACGUCGUUCACGGAGAAAGGAACAUCUGCGCAACCAUCCAGAGCGCCGAGUACGGAUUUAGAAAACUUUACCGUCCCGUUUACGAGCAGCACCCCUUCGUACCAAAUGAAUUAUACUACCACGAGGACAGUGUUCGAAGAGAGUACUACAGUCAACGAGGAUCAAUCUUCCACGAAGGAGCAGUCGACGAUUACCACGCAAAGUAGCACGGAUUGUCAGGGGACAUCGUGCACCGGUUCAACAGUGUCACCGGGGCGCAACGAUAGCGUGUGCAACUGCACGAAUCGCGAUGACUGCAAAACUGGCCCAAGCAUAACGCGUGCGGCGUUCAAUGGGAAAUCUUACGUGAGACAGCGCGUCGACGUGAAAAUUUUGAAUGACAGCAACACGUCCUUAAGGGUCUUCGUCAAGCUGAGAACACGUUUCAAGGACGGCAUAAUACUGCACGUGUACUUCGACGACGAAAAAUACGCGUUGGUGUAUUUGGAGUACGGCUCUUUAAAAUUUCAAUUCUCAUGCGGACUUGAAACUAUGCUACUGGGCGAGAUAGACUCGCCCAUCGAUAACGGAUACGAAGUGGAGAUUGAUACAAGGUUCCAAUAUUUUAUUCGAAACGAAACCAAUAAGUGCUCGGCUCGAUUACUAGUCAACGGGACUACAGCAGUCAGCGGUGAACAAAUAUUGCCCUUACAGGGAAGCCUUCCGCGACAUGCCAAUUUACAUUUGGGAGGCAUACCAUUAGUGUUUACGCAAUAUUUUUCGCACGUCUCUAUGGGAUUUACUGGUUGCAUGGACUCGUUAAAGGUAAACGAUGUCCCGCGUCAUUUUAUAUACGACUCAACAGAAACAUUUCAAAUCGAAGAUUGCGUGUCUUUUCUUUGCCUCUCGAACCCCUGUCAAAAUUUCGGUGCAUGCGAGGAGACGAAUGGUACAGUACGUUGCAGAUGUAUACCCGGGUAUACAGGCCCAUUCUGUGAGCGAUCAACCUGCGAUGAGAAUCCUUGCGCAUUGGGCGCAACUUGCGUCAGUUCACCGGGAUCAGGUUUCGUUUGUGUUUGCCCCCUUGGAACACAUGGACUCCUAUGUGAAGAAGACACAGUUAUAACUCGUCCAUCGUUCUCGGUACUGGUACCUGGAUUCUCGUCGUACGUCGCUUACGGUGUAUCAAAUUCAAUAAAAGACACUAUGGAGCUAAAGAUGAAACUUAUACCGCGAACAUUUGAUCAAAUAUCUCUAAUAGCUUACUUAGGGCAAAGUGGAUCACGGCAGGAUCUGUCGGACUAUCUUUCUAUAACGUACGUUCGUGGUUACAUCAUGUUAACCUGGGAUUUAGGAGCAGGUGUACGUAGAAUAUUUACGAGUGUUCCCCUUAGCGCUACCACUAUAACAGCUACAGCAAGUAAAAGUUAUAUAGCGCACACGGUUCGAGUUGGAAGAAGAGGUCGAGAUGCAUGGCUUGCUGUAGAUGGUAUAGGUAAUGUAACUGGACGCGUAGUUGGAUCCAUGACUCGUUUGGACGUAUCACCGAUUCUUUACAUUGGUGGUCACAAGUCAAGAAAUUUUGAGUCUUUACCCCAUGAUUUGCCGCUGCACACUGGAUUCUCUGGUUGCAUAUUCGACAUUGAAAUACGCACAAAUAGCGCGAUUUAUCCAAUAACUAGCUCUAGUCCAGCAACCGGUCGUGGUGUCGGUGAAUGCCAUCGGAAUGAAUGUAUUCGCCAUUCAUGUAAAAAUGGUGCUGUAUGUUUAAACCAUGGAGCUACGUAUAGUUGUAUUUGUACAAAAGAGUGGAUGGGUUCCGAUUGUUCCAUACCAGUAGAAGUAUUAUCAUCUAUCAAUUCAUCUUCUUGUCAUUCUUCAAAUUAAUGAAAUAUUGUUACUAUUUCAUUAUAUUCUAAUAUACUCACAGUACAAACAUUUUGUACAUUAACUGGUGUUUCCAUAAUCAUUUUUCGGCUGACUUGUUACCGAACAAGAGUUCAAAUGUACGAAUAAAAUUGCUGCAGCCAAACGAGCUUGUAAAUCAUAUUUG